AACGCGGUCAAACACGAGUGCUGGCUGUCAAAAUGUACUGAUUUCAAAGUCCCCACGGUUAAUUAUUUGUUUGGGGAUAAAAGGAGCUCAAAGAUGACAUCUGUAAUGCCUGGGCUUCUCCCCGAGACACAGGGAAUUCAGUUCACUGCCCGGCCUGUGCUCAGGACACGAGAAUCGCUCACUUCUUCCCAGGGACACAGCAAAAGUGGCUUGCUCCAUCCACCAGCCUUAUCAGGAUCAUAUGUUGGCCGACCUGUAUCAGCAGCCGGCCCUAACGCAAGAUUAUCCAGCAUUGAAGUAGAGGCAUUACUCCGGGACAAAGUUCGAGCCAAAUACUCCAGUUUACAGCAGGCAUUUCAGACAUACGAUGUGGACCAGGCCCUAAGCGUGACAAAGGGUGAAUUCCGUCGUGUGCUCGAGUCAUACUGUAUGCCACUGAUCACUGAACAGUUUGAGGCAGUUCUAGCUAAGAUUGAGAAGAAUAACAAUGGCACCGUCAAGUACUGUGAUUUUAUGGAGAAAUUCAAUGGGAGGCAGGGCUCUGGUGCAAGCAGCUUAUCUGGAAAAAACAGGCUCAGCCAGCAACCUUCAGCAGAAAUCAAUAUGGAUAUGGUUGAAAAAAUGUUGAAACAAAAAAUCAACAAAAAUUUGAAAGCAAUUGUGAAGGCAUUUCGGUUGUUUGACUAUAACAGAGAUGGUAAAAUACAGCAGCAUGAGUUGAGACGGGUCCUGGAAAACUUCUGCUUUAAGUUCACAGAUCAGCAGUUUGAAAAGUUGUGGCAGAGAAGUGACUUCCAUCAUACUGGUGUUGUGGAGUAUAUGACGUUCUUAAAACGACUGGGUGUGACAGUGAUGGACAAAGAACCAGUUUUUCAAUCUGAACAGGCUCAGAACAUCUUGUCCUGGCCACAGGUUGAGGACAACAGAGCAGAUGAUCUCAGGAGAAAAAUGAUGCUACAGACGAACCUGGUCAACAAGGGAUUGAACUUUGACCAGAUAGAGUACGAGUUUAGAAAAAUGAUGAAGAAAAAUUAUACAGUGAUUAAGAAAUCGUGCAUAGCCCGUGAUAGUCAUCUGGAUGGCUGGAUCAAGAUUGAGGACCUGAAGGCUAUACUAGAUCAGUUUGCCAUUCCAAUGUCAGAUCAACUGUUUGCUCAACUCAUGGACAGGUUUGAGAUCAAGGCUUCAGGUAAAGUUAGGUGGGAAUUUUUCCUUUCCAAAUUCCAGCCUCCUCAGUCACUGCAUAAUGGCCAGACCAUCCCAAUCAAGCCUAAUCACAAAUGGUUCCCCCUGCGGGGUGGGGACGAGGGUUUGUCCGCUGGGGAUGCCUGGGCGAGGCUGUAUAAACACGUCAAUGAUCAUCACUCAUCUAUCAAGAAUGCUUUCCUCCAGUGUGAUAAGAAUCGAAACGGUGUAGUUUCAAGAAAAGAGCUAAGGGAGGUUUUUGAGAAGUUCAACUUUCGCCUGACUGAUGAUCAGUUUAAGCGAAUCAUGAGCUACAUAGACCCUGGUCAAACUAACAAAAUUUCUUACCAUGCCUUCCUGGAACUGUUUGAGGAAAAAGAAACGCUGGCUGGCCACAAAUGGCUAAAUUCGUGUCACAAGGUGAAUGAAAAUGGCAUGCCAACAGUUGUUGCUUGGGAUACGGUGGAAGGAGUAUUAAGACAGAAGAUUUCAGAGUACUGGAAACCAUUUUAUGAUACUAUAGCCAAAAUGGACCCCAACGCGGAUCGUCUAAUAAGCCCACGACAGCUGAAGAAAGCCCUGGACAGACACAUCCUUCCUGUGGGUGAUGAUCACUUUGAACAUUUGUUGAGUCGUCUGUCAGACAGGCGUGAGGGUAAGGUGAACUACCUCGAGUUCCUGGAGAUGUUAGACGUUACUGUGACCCCUGGGGAUAUUAUAGGCCUCAGCACACAGAUCACGGACAACAGUAACACCACCAUUCGCCAGAUGCAGGAAGAUCAGAGAGACAGACAUGAUCGGAUGGAAAAAAGAACGCAAAAUAAGACAAGUUUUAUGUCUUGUGAUGAGGUUAUAGCUCGCCUGAAGGAUCGCAUGUCCCAACACAAUGUCAACAUCAGAAAAUCCUUCCUCACCUAUGCCAGGAGUAACGCCACCAGAAUCUCCAAAAAACACUUCAGAGAGAUGUUAGCAUCAUUUGGGAUGCUCAUGACAGAUGACCAGUUCAAGCAGCUCACGGCCAAGCUGAACUUUCAGAAUAAUUUCAUGAACUACAAUGACUUUGUGACAAGUUUUGAGGAUGCCACAGGAUCUGCCAUCAGCUCCCAGGAGGUUAUCAGGAGAGGCAACCACCAUGUGAACCCAAUCAGAGGAGAUGAGUAUGGCAUGACAGCGCUAGAGGCAGAAUCCAAGUUACGCAGUAAACUACGGGAAAACUUUGUUGAUCUGCGUGCAGCAUUUUACAAGUUCGAUGAUGACCACAACGGUCUAUUGACAAAGGAGAAUUUCCGUCGUUUGUUGGACGCCUUCAUGAUACAUAUCGGUGACGAGGAGUUUGAGAAGCUGUGUGCACGACUGGGACUAGAUAAACGAUGUCGGGUCUCCUACCAUGACUUUCUCGACAAGUUUGAGGUCCGUGACACGGCUGAUGGUCACAAGUGGUGGAACUCCGUACACAGGUUCAACAAGACUCUGCCAGUGAAGUUUCUGACAGCAGAGGAGGUGUUUGAGCUGAUGAAGAACAAAUCUCACAGACAGUGGCAGGAUUUGGCUAAGGCAUUUUUGAGUUUUCACCGAAACAGCAAUGGUGUUAUCAAGCGAAGGGAUCUUCGUCAUGUCUUGUCUAGCUUUAUGUUACCCAUGGUCAAGGAAGAGUUCAACAGACUAUGGACCAUGUACGAUGAGGAUAAUAAGGGUUACGUCUCGUAUCAUGACUUCAUGGAGAAGAUCGGGGCUCCAGAGUAUACCCCAGGAGACCAGACUGGAGUGAGUCGUGCGAUCAUCAACGAGAGCUUCCAAACUAUUGAUAACCACCUCCAGGAGCAACAGGCCAAACAAGUGAAGAUAACUCACAACCAAGCAUCCCAUAGUUCUUGGAUGUCCGCAGAAACAGUGCACCAACAACUCAAGGACAAAAUCCGGGAUAGUUAUCCCUAUUUCUAUGCAGCAUUUAGAAAAUAUGACACCAGAAAAAAAGGCUGCAUCUCAGUUCAAGAUAUCCAGCAAGUCCUAGUGGAGUUCAACUACUUUAUUACUGAUGCUGAGUUUUUUAGGCUUCUUGAUAUACUGGGCUUGUCGGCAAAGAACAGCAAACUGAAUUACAACGAUUUUCUGAAGGCAUUUGAAGAUGGGCGGAUGUCGAGUUACGGUAACCGUGAACCUGAUGUGCGAGUGCUGGAAUUUGAGAACCUUACUCCCACGGAGGCUGAGCAGAGACUCAGGGACAAGGUGGGCACAGAUUUCACCACUGUGAAAAAGGCGAUGACAGCCUUUGACAAGCAGCAGACAGGGAAGAUCCCAGUGUCAGAUUUCAGGAGGUUAUUGGAUCUCUUCUGUUUCAAGAUGACAGACAGUCAGUUCAAGUACCUGCUGAAUCGUCUGUACAUAGGGCCAGACAAUUUGGUAAAUUACCGCAACUUCCUGGAAAAUUACAAAAUCAACGAACAAGAGGACACAGAGAAGUGGCUGACAAGCAUUCAGGAAGAGAGUUCAACUCCUCAAUUUCAAGCUUUGACCUCUGAUGAUAUCAGGGACCAACUGCGAGAGAGCGUCAGUGCUCACUUCUACAUACUGGCCAAGGAGUUCGCAGACAUAGACUACGCCAAAAUAGGGGUAGUGAGCAAAGAAGACUUCAGAGAUCUGCUGGAUAAACACAUCUUCAGACUCACUGAUAUUCAGUUUGAUGAUCUAUGGAGUUUGCUGCCUGUCAAUGAAUUUGGUAAUCUCAACUAUAGAGAGUUCCUGAAGGAAUUUUCCAAUGAGGGUCAAGAGGAAAGCCCCUCAAUGCCAGCCCCACAACAGGCAUCCCCACAAAUAGCACCCACACCUUUACCGAGGCCGCACACAAGUUUGUCACAGUCACAGGUCUUACCCAGGACAAACCUGCCCCGCCCCAUGACAAUGAUGUCUAGAUCCACCUCACGAUUGGCCACACCACUUGUCAACGCAGCCUGUGUAGAACACCAGUUGAAAGUGAAGAUUUACAAACACUGGCAGACCAUCCAGAAACAGUGUCGAGAGAAGGAUGUCGACAACACUGGCACUAUCAGUGUCUAUGAUUUCAGAGAUAUUCUAAGGAGCUAUAAUGUGGACAUAUCAGGCGAUGACUUCCACAAACUGGCGAUGAAGUACGAUCUACAGGAGUCUGGGAGAUUCUCCUAUGUGGAGUUCCUCCGACAUUUCGUCCUGACGCUUAAACCACAGGAAGACAGAAGCAGGCUGAACAGGGAGAAAAUGUUACAACCAAAGAUUGCAAUCGACUGCAGUGAUGGUGGCCAGCCUUUAAUGAAUGCCAUGACCAGACUACGAAACUGCGUGGUCAAACACUGGAAGGAGAUGCGACGUGCAUUCCGUAAGGUAGAUGGCGCUAACAGCGGGAGUGUCACUCCCUUGGAGUUUCGACGAAUCCUGAAGCAGUUCACCCUUGACCUCUCUGAGGAGGAGUUUUAUCAACUCCUGUCGCACUACGACAACUCCAUGGACGGCCAAGUCAGCUACAAUGACUUCAUUAAAGCUUACUUACAAUAAACCUGAAAUUGUAGACAUGUUAGUGAGAUUUUUGUGAAGCUGUCAUGUAAAGCUACUUAAUGAGCGUAAUUCAACUAGAUGCCGUCUCUACAAUCCAUCAGCCAAAUUCUACGAGACACUGAUCAUGUGGUUAAACUCAGCAAAUCAAAUGAUACUCUAUUUGGGCUGUGGAUAAGGAAGUUAUUUGUGCUUUCAUGCCUGCAUGUGAGUAACUUUGGAUACCAAGGCUUUUAGUUCUUUUUGUACAUCUUACAAAUGUAUAAGAUUACUAUGUUCAGGAAAAAGUCAAUUACUUGUUUAUGUAGAGUAUUUUGGAAUAAUGUAAGAUUGCCAGCCCUCAGUAUUACCACCACUGUCUACUAUUUGUUUUUAUCAUGCACUUUGUACAUUAGUUCACGUAAAGUAUCUUCAGUUCCUAAUGUCACCAUAAUUUUUUUUUUUACAUUUGUUACAUUUUUUUGAUAAAGCAUAUGUGUGAAAUGAGUCUUUCAUUAUCUGAAUACUGCUGCUUAGAAUGGCUGAUAAAAAAAACCAUGACCAAAACAAUAUUGUUUCUUUCAAAUGUUUUAAAGUAUGAAAAAUUAUUUGUUACAUAUUUCCAUAUACAUGUACAUUAAGAAGUGUGUCUUAGACAAAUAUUAAGUAUUUAUCUUCCAUGUUGUUGUUGUGUACCGGCUGUGAUAUUUUAUACCAUUCAUAUUAAGAC